UUAUUCGGCAAGUUAUCUCGAUAAGGAGGAUUCGUUUUGAUUGCUCUUUCUGAGAAUGAGGACAUAAUACGAAAUAAAAAUUAUUUUAUUUAUUGGAUUUUCUAAAAUUUUCUCUUUCGUCAAAGCCUGAAUAUACAUAAAAUAAGAAAUUUUUUAUUUUUUAGAGGGAAUAAAAGAGAAAGAGAGAACAAAGAGAAUCCUUUUCUCUCUCUUGAGUGAGCAAAGAAAAUAAAUACGGAAAGUGUAACUAUAAAAUCAACAGAAAUUCUAGAAUUCUUAACCUCUAUCGUAGCGUUGUCUUUUAAUUAAAUAUAAUACAUACAAUGCAAUACAAUACGACAGUUUCUUAAUUUAUAUACGUGCAGUAUUUUUUUUCAUUAACAAUAUUAUAACAUGGCUCAAACGUAUGAUAGCUAUUACAACGAUUACCAUAAAAAUAAUGAACUACAACUAAAUCUAAAAUAUAAGAAAAAGUACCGAAAACUCAAAAGGAUUGUAAAAAAUACUGUCUUUGAAAAUGCAGCUUUAUGUGAUCAAGUUGCACAUAUGCAAGAAAAUCUCAUGGUUGUUAAAGAAGAAAGACUGUUUCUUCUACGCAAAUUGUGUCAACAUCAGGGAGAGAUGGAAUCAAACUCUAUGGUAGCACGUUCACAAUCAAAUAAUGUAAAUUCACCAUCAUUUAAUCCAGAAUGUGCUGCACCAAAAAAAACAGUAAAAAAGAAGACUCCCACAGAUGGAUCAGAGUCAAAAAAUAAGGCCAAAAGAUAUAACAAAACUGCCAGAAGAGUAGUGCAAUUGAUUCCAUUAGAUAUACAUGGAAGGCCAAUAUUUCCCAUAGCUUUAGGAGAUCUCACGAUAUAUUCUCUUGGUGAAGUGGUAUCAGACAGAAUCGCAUAUCACACAGAAGAUCUUAUAUUUCCAGUAGGCUAUUGUAGUACAAGAGUAUAUGCCAACUUAAGAGAUCCAAGGACAAAGAGCUUAUAUACUUGCAAAAUAUUAGAUGGUGGACCAAAACCUAGAUUCGAAAUAGUAUCUGAUAAUGACUUGGAUCAACCAUUAGUUGGAUGUAGCCCUGAUGAAUGUCAUUCAAAACUUUUAGCAGCAAUUUCUCCAGUGCUUUGUUCGAUAGCACCAAAGGGCGCAGAUUUCUUUGGGAUUUCUCAUCCCACCAUACAGAACCUAAUACAAAGUUCUCCGGGAACGCGCAAAUUAGCCAUGUACAAACAACAACGUUUUGAAGUAAGCAAAAAUCACGUCAUUGAACGAACUACAAGUCCAGUAACAGAAAUGGAAACUGAUCCAGGCCUUGGUUUUGCAGCAUUACACAGGCAUUAUGCUUUAAAUUCUUAUAGAGUAAAGGAAGAACCUUCAGAUCAUGAUCUACUAGCACUUCAAGACCUUCUUGCAUGAUUACUAACAUUAUAGACCUAACAUAUACACACAAUUAAAUAUAAUUCAAAAUUAAUAAAUAAAAUUUUUCACAUAUCUAUAAAAUAUAUUGAAACAAAAAGAUCGAUUGCUAUAUUAUAGCUUACUAGAGAGUUUUUACUUUCGAUAGUAAUACUUCUUAACAGUUUUUUAUGUUUUGGGAUAUAUAAUUGGAUUACAUUUGAGAAAUUGCUAAUACAAAUAGAGAACUUUUCAAUAAUUCUAUAUUUAUUUGAGCUAUAAUGAUAUAUAAAAUGAUCAAUUUUUAUGACAAAUAUAAUAUAUAUAAUCAUUAGAGCACUUCCCUAACCAUAUAUACAAAUUGGAAUAUAAUGUAUUAUACAUUAUUAGCAGUGUUUAUCAUAUGAUUAUAUUUUUGUCUUAAUUUUACAUGAACCCAUUUUUCGGACGAAUUAUCCUUCAAAUAAAUGAUAUGUAUGGCACAAUAAUAUUGAAUUAGACUCAACAAAUUAAAUUGAUUAAAAUAGUUCUAUUGACGCUUGUGUAUAUACAAUCGAUUGUCCGUAUCAUGAAGUUAGGAUCAAAUAUUUUUAUUACGAAGUUUUCGUUUAAUCUUAUUCUAUGAUAUAUGUGUAGAAUAAAAAUAUUAUUGCAUGCUUUAUCUUUCACUUGUUUGGUCGUUAUAAUAUGGGUAUAUAACAAUACAUAGUUACAUAGCAAAUGCGAAUAGAGCAAUUAGUUGUUCAAUACUCUUUACAAGUAUAUAGCUAAUUUGCAAGCAUUCGCAAAUCUGACAAGAUCAUAUCACGUCACUGUAUGGACAAUCGACAUUUUAAUCUAAAAUGUCUAUGAAUUAAAUAACCUUUUUUUUUUUAUACAACAU